AAUUUAAAUAAAUACACCAAGCCCUUCUCUUCCGCCAUCAUUAUUUAAUAUUUCAACAAGGAAGAAGAAGAAAUACACGAGAAUAUGAUUCUUCUUGAAUUAAAUAACCGUAUACUAGAGGAAAUUUUAACUGCCAAAUUCUCAAGCGAAAAGUUUGAGGCAAUCGACGUAACAUUUGCAGACUUUGAUGGUGUUUCGUUUCAUGUUUCAAACCCUGAUGGCGAAAAAAGCAAGAUUAGGGUGAGCAUUCACAUGAAAUUUUAUCCAGACCUUCAAAAGUAUGGGGCAGAUCAGUUGAUUCAAAAAGUAUAUGGUUCCCUUUUAACUACUGCAGAAUCAGGUUACGAUAUUUCUCUUCUCAUUGAUUUGGAGAACCUGCCUGGAAGUGAUAAAGAGAAAGAGGAACUUGUGACGAAAGUUGCAUUACUGAAACGAAAUUGUUUUGCAUCCGUAUUUGAGAAAUAUUUUGAAUAUCAGCAAGCUGGAAAUGAGAAAGAAGAUUAUGCUGUGAUCAACUACAGAGAAGAUGAAACUAUGUAUGUUGGUGCUAAAGCUGAUCGCGUCACAGUUAUAUUUAGCACUGUAUUCCGAGAUGACGACGACGUAAUUAUUGGAAAAGUAUUCAUGCAGGAACUGAAAGAAGGACGUCGUGCCAGUCAAACGGCGCCUCAGGUUCUCUUCAGUCAUCGUGAACCGCCUCUGGAACUGAAAGGAACUAACGCUGUGGUUGGUGAUAAUAUCGGAUACAUUACGUUCGUACUGGGAGCCAGACACACAAAUUCAAAAUCUAAAGACAAGACCAUCAAUUUAAUCCACACUUUCAGAAACUAUUUGCAUUACCAUAUCAAGUGUUCCAAGGCAUACCUUCACUCCAGAAUGAGAGCAAAAACAAGUGAUUUCAUCAAAGUCGUGAACCGUGCAAGACCAGAGCAAAAGUCGACCGAGAAGAAAACAAUAACCGGCAAGACAUUUGUUCGAUCGUGAAUGGGGCAGCAAAAGAUUGUUAAAAUUGAAAGAAUUAUCUACGAUUUAAAUUCAACAUACUAAGGGUAUAUGUCAUUACAUAUACACAGAUUAUGUAAAACACGUGUUAAGUUCUGCUACAUAUUCUAAUUUGUAAGGCAAGUAUAAUUUCAUAACAUUUUUUUUAUUAAAUUUUGAAUUUUUGACCUUU